AUGCCUACCACUCGCCGCCAAAAGCAGGAAAAGGGCGAGGAGAUUCUACACGGUCUUAUUGAAGGCAAGCGUGUUCGAAAGUCGAAAGCGACUGGUUCCAGUACUGCGUCCAAGUCAGCUCUAGAUAAGGGCAAGAAGAAGGAAAAAGGCAAAGAGUCUGAUCCUAUUUCGCCUCAUGUUGCCCUUGCAACCAAGCUCCUCGAGCGUGGGGCUAAUUUUAAUUUCCCUGAACCAUCUAGCCAAGGCAGGCCCGGCAGGAGAGUAUGGGGACCGCGUGAGGUUCCUAUUACAGAUCAAUCCCAGCUGCCUGACGGAUGGAGUGUAGAUGAGCCGGAUCUCGACGAAUUUGAUGUUGACGGCCAAAUUGAGAGAUGCAAAGAACGCAUUUCAGAGGGAAUCCUACCUCAAUUUUUUCAAAACAGGAUGAUAUCGUUUACAGCCAUCAAGCAAGAAAGAAUGGACAUGAUCAACUCCGAACCUGAAGGCCUUAGUUGGGAAAUUGUUCAACGCCUCGAUUGCUUGAAAAAGCUUCAGCGGAGUUUCGAGGCCAGAGACGACGAUGAUAAUCUUUCCAAUGUCAAAGCUAUCAUGACUGCUUACCGCUCUGGAAAACUGAUCUGGGAUAGGGAUUCAGUCAGUUAUUGGUCAAAGGAUAAGCUGAUUGCUGGUCCCAAAAAGUUGGAUAUGCAGGAAUUUUAUUCUCUUAGUGCAAAGCAUGGCCCAAAGGGAUUUUGGGUAGAAGGAAUUUGGAUAUCGCUUCGAAACCCAACUACCCAAGCAACGAAUACAAUGGCGACUACCAUGACUUUUGAUUUUCUCGAAGACACAGGCGCGUCGUCAAUGCGGAUCUUCUCUGAGGAUAGAAACCGAAUUGAAAAUUUAUCUGGCGCACCUGUGCCCGUUUUUGGGAAAGGAAUCAAACAGACCGCUGGUGGGCAGGUAGAGGUUCAGAAUGUGAUAUUGCAGGCGAAUAUCAUAGUUAAUGGUCAACCUCUACUUCCCUACUGGGUUGACAUUAAAACUUCUGUAACUCCAGGAUGCAAAGGAAGCUCAGGAGAUCGGCUGUCGGGUGUAUGGAUCCACCAUUUGUUGUUCGUUUUGUCAAUGCCGGAUAACACCCAAAGGAAGCAUAUGGGCACUAAUCUUGGUGAGAUGACGGUCAAUCUGCCUCUUCCAGACUACAGAAACGCGCGUCCGCCAGCAUUCAUUUAA